AUGUCUAUGGAGGUCAAAUCCCUCAAUGGCCAAUGGGCCGGUGUCUACACCCUGGACAAUUCAAACGCAACCGCCAGCGGCGAGUCUGAGUUCUUUCUUUCCUUUGAAAGUGAUCUCAACGACCGCACCCGGGCCCGCAUCAAUGGACAAGGUUUUGAUGAUGCUGGCUCGUUCACAAUAGCGGGAACGCUUGACUCAAAGGACUUGAUAAAUUUACAAAAGAACUACAGCACACGUGGAUGGACGUACGCUGGGAAAUUGGAUCGAGCGCUCAGUGUGGUCCAUGGCUCGUGGGGGGACAUUCGCAAUGGACCGAUGGGGUUCUUUGCCUUUCAGCAGGUGGAUGACGAGGAUGUCGUAUCCGCGGGGGAGAAAAUCCGGCGCAUUAAUGGUCGAUGGAAAGGAACAUACAGCGCAGCCAGGGAAGACACCCGUUGGCCGUGUGAGUUCGAGUUGACCGUAUCUCCCGGGAAUAAGCAAGAACAGUUGGCGAUCGUAGGAAAGGGACUGGACAGCGCGGGUGCGUAUUGGAUCAAGGGGAUGGUAUUAAUCUGCCCACCAGGUGAUGUUUGUUAA